CGCUCCAGCUCCCGUCAUGUGAAGCGGCGGGACGGGCUCUCCCAGGCCGCGAUGGAGCCCACGGCCUCGCAGGUGUUCUGCGGGCGGGUGCUGGGCAUGGUCAACGCCGAGGACGUCAACGCCAUCAUCCUGGCCCAGAAAAACAUGUUGGAUCGAUUUGAGAAGACCAACGAGAUGCUGCUCAAUUUCAACAACCUCUCCAGCGUCCGCAUGCAGCAGAUGAACGAGCGUUUCCUCCACCACACCAAGACGCUGGUGGAAAUGAAGAAGGAUCUGGACAGCAUCUUCCGGAGGAUCCGGACGCUGAAGGGGAAGCUGGCGAAGCAGUACCCGGAGGCUUUCAGCAACAUCCACGAAUCUCCCAUCCUAGAAGACGACGAUGACUUCGACCCCGUCCCAAAAAGCACGACAACCACCAUCGCUACCUCUGAGCAGAGCACGGAGUCCUGCGACACCAGCCCUGACAUCAUCUCUCCCACCAUGAGUCAGGAUUUUGAGGAUUUAUCCCAAGGCCAGUACGAUUUACCGGCCGUGAACGGACAGAGUCUCACAGAUGAAGACACGGCCAACGACCUGGACUAGGUGUGCGGGUCCUGUGCCGCCCCCGCCUGCCCCCGGAGAACUUUCUACCUUGUAUUUAUAUUUGUGUCUUUCUUUUUUCGGGAAGAGGGAAGCGAAGGCUGAGAGAAGUGUGGGCCGAGUGAAGAAGGGUGCCCUUCUGCUUCUAAACUGCCACCGUAGUGUAAACCCCGCGACUUGCUUUGGGGUACAUAAG